AUGGCGUCAAGAACCAGGGCAAGGAGGCUGUCCUUGGACUUGAUCCAGAAGGCGGUCUCAGACAUGUCUUCUGAAAUGGGUAUAUCCAAGUACAUGGACCUCAGGAUCCCCUCUCAGUCCGCCAUUACCGGUAACGAUGUGAGAGAGGUCGAGUGCGAGUGCUGCGGCCUCUUUGAAGACUGCACCCGUGGCUACAUCCGGCAAGUUAGGGACCGGUUCUGUGGAAGGUGGGUAUGCGGCCUGUGCUCAGAGGCUGUUAGAGAGGAGUCUCAAAGAAUUGGCCAAGCACACCAUUUUAUACAUGAAGAAGCUCUAUAUGCACACAUGAAAAUCUGCCAAAGGUUCAACAAAUUUAUCAGAGCGAACCCAGCCAUGUCCCUUGCUGAUUCAAUGACUCAAAUAUUAAAGAAAAGCUCCAGGAGGAAUGAUGUUUAA